AUGAAUUGCCCAUAUCAUCCUUCAAAUGAAAUAUCUACAAUCUGCAUUGCGAACCAUAAUUGUUAAAGAAAAUAUUGUCCAGAAUGUUAAUAUGAACAUGGCGGAGAAAUAAAUUAAUACCUUCCAAUAGAAUUGUUUUCAAAAAAACUUAAGAAGAAGUCUUAAGCAUAUAACCUAGACAAUGAUCAAGAAUAAGUAAAACAACAUCGAGAAUUUAAAAUUUUAUUUGCAAACACUUAAACCAACUUAAAGAAAGUUUUUCAUGAUGUAAAUUAAUCCAUUUAAGGGAUAAAUGAAGCGAUUAAAAAGCAAGCAUAAGUUUACCUCAACUUAAUAAAUACCUAAUUUUCACUUUCAGAAUCAUCUUAUUCUGAUCUUGAUCUUAUGGUGAAAAUUUUAGAGAGAAAUGGGUUAGAUAAAUGGCGCUUUUCAAAAUAAUAUUAUUAUAAUCUAUUUGAAUAACUAAAAUCAGCUUUAAAAUUUGAAAUCGAAAAGUUUAUUCGUAUGAUUAAUUCAUUGUUUUCAGAUAUAUUGUAGGUAGAACAAAUUAAAAAAUAAGAAGGGUUGAAAUAGCAAGGUGAGAUUUUAAUAAAAACAAAUUUCGAUAUUCAUUACUCUGCCUAAAGAUAAAUUAAAUAUAUUUAUUAAGGUGAAACCCUUUGGAUGUAUAAUUAAUUAUUAUAAAGUUUUAAUCAAUAUGAUAUACUGUAAUAGCCAUAAAUACUUAAAAAUCUUGAAUAAAUCAAAAAUCUUAAAUGGAUAGGCGAAGUAGGGAAGAAUAUGAAAAAAAUUGGAUUUUGGUCAUCUCAGUGGAAGGGUGAAAGUUCUGAAGGUUGUGGGGGUGAGUACACAUUAGAUGGCAAUAAAAGAGGUAAGUGGAAAGAAAUGAUAAAAAACUAUUAUGAGUAUUAUUUUAAUAUGUAUGCAAUAGUAAUUCGAAAGUAUAUGAAGUUGGAGAAUAUGUAAAUGAAUUUAGGAGUGGAAUAUGGAAGUAUAUUUAUAAUAAUUAAGAAAUGUAUAACAUAAUGGUUAUUAAAUAGUGGAGGUGGAGAAUACAUAUAGUCAGGACAGAAGAAUGGAUAAUGGAUAGAACUAAGCGAGGAAUUUAGUAAUAAGUCGUAAGUUACUUAUAAUGGAGAAUAUAAAAAUGAUAAAAAAGUUGGUAGAUGGAAUACUGUAGCUUUUGGAAUAUAAAUGUAAUGUUAUUAAAUUCAUUUUUUGGCUUAGCGGGGGCGGCUCCUAUGAUGAAGAAGGAAUUGAGAUAAAGAAUGGUACUUGGAUUGAAUUAAAUACUAAAUUUUUGGAAUACUCAUAAAUCUACUAUUUUGGUGAUUAUAAAAAUGGAUAAAAAGUUGGUAAAUGGAGUACUUGGUGGAAUAUGGCUAACGAGAAUAAAGAGAUGUAAAUAUUAGAUAAUUUGAAUUAGUGGUGGAGGAUCAUAUGAUUAAGGAAACAAUGGGAUGAAAAUGGGGAAGUGGAUUGAGUUGAGUGAAGAUUUUUAAUAUCUUUCUUAAAUAAUUUAUCAAGGAGAAUAUCUAAAAGGUAAAAAAACUGGUAGAUGGGAUAUUCUAUAUAGGAUGAUAACUAAUGAAAAUUUCACUUUAAUGUAAUAAUUAAACAUAUAAUUGAAUAGAGGGGGAGGAUUAUUUGAUGAAAGAGGCUAUGGGAUUAAGAUUGGAAAAUGGAUUGAGGUGAAUGAGGGAUUUGGAUUAAAUUGUGUGGUUACAUAUAAUGGGGAAUACGAAAAUGGGAAAAAAGUUGGUAGAUGGUCGACAAUAAGAGAUGGAUUAGAAAUGUAAAUUACAAGAAGAAUUAAUGUUUUAGUGGUGGAGGUUCUUAUGAUGAAAAAGAAAAGGAAACGAAGAUUGGCCAAUGGAUUGAAUUGAAUGAUGGGUUUUGGGAAUAAUCCUAAGUCUUUUACGAGGGUGAAUAUAAAAAUAAUAAAAAAGUUGGGAAAUGGGAAAUCUUCUUGAAUUUUGAAGGUGCAUAAAAAUAAAUGUAAUAUCUGCAUAUACAAUUAUUAGAGGUUAUGGAUCAUAUGAUAAAGAAGGGAUUAAGAUUGGAAAAUGGGUUGAGUUGAAUCAUCGAUUUUAGAAUUGUUUUUAGAUUUUUCAUGUUGGUCACUAUAAAAAUGGUCGAAAAAUUGGUAGAUGGGACAUAGCCUCUUUAAGUUAAUUAAUGUAGAAUAUUAUAAGUGAUAANUACACAUUAGAUGGCAAUAAAAGAGGUAAGUGGAAAGAAAUGAUAAAAAACUAUUAUGAGUAUUAUUUUAAUAUGUAUGCAAUAGUAAUUCGAAAGUAUAUGAAGUUGGAGAAUAUGUAAAUGAAUUUAGGAGUGGAAUAUGGAAGUAUAUUUAUAAUAAUUAAGAAAUGUAUAACAUAAUGGUUAUUAAAUAGUGGAGGUGGAGAAUACAUAUAGUCAGGACAGAAGAAUGGAUAAUGGAUAGAACUAAGCGAGGAAUUUAGUAAUAAGUCGUAAGUUACUUAUAAUGGAGAAUAUAAAAAUGAUAAAAAAGUUGGUAGAUGGAAUACUGUAGCUUUUGGAAUAUAAAUGUAAUGUUAUUAAAUUCAUUUUUUGGCUUAGCGGGGGCGGCUCCUAUGAUGAAGAAGGAAUUGAGAUAAAGAAUGGUACUUGGAUUGAAUUAAAUACUAAAUUUUUGGAAUACUCAUAAAUCUACUAUUUUGGUGAUUAUAAAAAUGGAUAAAAAGUUGGUAAAUGGAGUACUUGGUGGAAUAUGGCUAACGAGAAUAAAGAGAUGUAAAUAUUAGAUAAUUUGAAUUAGUGGUGGAGGAUCAUAUGAUUAAGGAAACAAUGGGAUGAAAAUGGGGAAGUGGAUUGAGUUGAGUGAAGAUUUUUAAUAUCUUUCUUAAAUAAUUUAUCAAGGAGAAUAUCUAAAAGGUAAAAAAACUGGUAGAUGGGAUAUUCUAUAUAGGAUGAUAACUAAUGAAAAUUUCACUUUAAUGUAAUAAUUAAACAUAUAAUUGAAUAGAGGGGGAGGAUUAUUUGAUGAAAGAGGCUAUGGGAUUAAGAUUGGAAAAUGGAUUGAGGUGAAUGAGGGAUUUGGAUUAAAUUGUGUGGUUACAUAUAAUGGGGAAUACGAAAAUGGGAAAAAAGUUGGUAGAUGGUCGACAAUAAGAGAUGGAUUAGAAAUGUAAAUUACAAGAAGAAUUAAUGUUUUAGUGGUGGAGGUUCUUAUGAUGAAAAAGAAAAGGAAACGAAGAUUGGCCAAUGGAUUGAAUUGAAUGAUGGGUUUUGGGAAUAAUCCUAAGUCUUUUACGAGGGUGAAUAUAAAAAUAAUAAAAAAGUUGGGAAAUGGGAAAUCUUCUUGAAUUUUGAAGGUGCAUAAAAAUAAAUGUAAUAUCUGCAUAUACAAUUAUUAGAGGUUAUGGAUCAUAUGAUAAAGAAGGGAUUAAGAUUGGAAAAUGGGUUGAGUUGAAUCAUCGAUUUUAGAAUUGUUUUUAGAUUUUUCAUGUUGGUCACUAUAAAAAUGGUCGAAAAAUUGGUAGAUGGGACAUAGCCUCUUUAAGUUAAUUAAUGUAGAAUAUUAUAAGUGAUAAAUAUUAAGUGGUGGUGGAACAUAUGAUGAAUAAAGCGAUUGCGCGAAGGUUGGAGAGUGGAUUGAGUUGAGUGAUGAAUUUUAGAAUUCCUUGAAAGUUUUAUAUAAUGGUUAAUAUAACAAAGGUAGCAAAGUAGGUAAAUGGGAUAUAUCUGUUUGCGGAAAAUAAAUGUAAACUAUUGGGAAUAUUGAUAUUUUAGUGGAGGAGGAAAUUAUGAAGAAAAUGGCGAUGGUAAUAAAAUUGGUGAAUGGGUUGAAUUAAGUAAAGGAUUUUCAUCGCUAUAGUAAGUUAUUUAUAAGGGAGAAUAUAAGAAUAGUAAAAAAAUUGGAAGAUGGAAUAUUUUAUAUACCAAAAUGUUUGAAAAUUAAUUUAAAGAGAUGUAAUGAAUCAGGCAGAUAGUUUUAGCGGCGGUGGAUCAUAUGAUGAUAACCUUAAGAUAGGUAAUUGGAUUGAGUUGAUAGACGGUUUUGGUUUAAAUGGGUUGGUUACUUUAAAUGGCUAUUAUAAUAAUGGCAAAAAAGUUGGAAAUUGGAUGGCAUUCGAUUGUUUCAAGAAUGAGAAGCUGGGUGAUAAAUUUUAUUGAGCU